GUUUUUAUAUUUUAUUUAUUUAUAUAUCUAUAAAGCAAUGAUAGAGGGUUUUUGUUUUGCCUCUUUAAUGAAGAAAGUAUUUGUGAAAAUAUUCUUUUUACGAAGGUAAAUAUGAAUUGAGCUACGAAAAUCAAAGUAAAAGUGAAAUUUCCCCUUUUGGAAAGUGAAGUUUAGGAUUUAGUAUAUAUAUAAAUAAACACCUAAAAAUUGUUAAGAUGUUUUAAAAAUAGUUUCAAAAAAAGUUUUGAAUUUCAAAAAAAAAAUCGAAAAAAUGAUUCGAAAAAAAUAAAAAAAGAAAAAUAAAGCAAGGGUGGAAAAGUCUUUUACCUCUUUCAUGAAGAAGGUAUUUGUGAAGUUUUAAAAGAAAAUAUUUGUGAAAAUGUUCAUUUAAUGAAGGUAAACAUAAAUUGUGGUAUCAAAAGGAAAUUUCCCCUUAUCCUUUUAUAUGUUUUCUAACUAGCAUUUUUUUUGCGCCAUGCAAAAAAAUAAAAAUUUAAAAUAUGAUAUUAUUUUUAUUUUUGUAAAAUUUAUUUUACGUUCGAACAUUAUAUUUUUUUAAUUUAACUUUAUCGGUUUGAAAAAAAUAAAACCAUAAAUGCAUUUUGUAGUUUUAUUCUUUUUAUUUGGUUAAAAAUUUGGGGAAUUUUCAUGUUUACCACAUUGUUGGUACUAUUAUUCAUGUUUACCACCAUUAAAGAGACAUUUUCAAAAAUGUCUUAUUUAUUAAGAAGCAAAAGAUUCAUGGAAAAUUGCCAAAGACCCGCAUUCAUAAUACCACUUUUCAUCUUGCACUAACCACUUUUACAUUUACUUUUAAAGAGAGAAAAAAAAGAUUUAUAACCCUAUGGUUAAUUAAUCUAGACUUAAGGUUUAGAGUUGAGGUGUGAGGUAGGGUUUUUGGAAUGUAAAAUUUAGGAUUUAAAUAAAUAAAUAAAUAAAUAAAUAAAUAAAUACUUAAAAAAAAUGUUUAAAAAAAAACCAUUUUUCGUAUCUUUUUCGUUUGUCGCUAUCGAGCUGCGACUCAACUAGGUUUAAGGUUUUUGGUGGCUAGAACUAGAGAACUCGUUAACAGCUCUUGUGGCCGAAGCUUUUAUAAUCUUUUGUAAUAAUCGCAAAGCUAUUAUGCGGAUUCGAAAUAAAUAUCUACUGUAAAUUCGUUUUGUUUUCUUUUCAUAUUUCCCGCAUUAUUUGGUCACUUGUCGUUGGUUUUCACAGAGAAUCCGGGACCUCAAGGAAAGUUAGGAUUUUUUUGACUUUCCUCUGAUUAUGGAAAUCGUCGGUGUGAAUUUCAGUUCUCCCAAUGAAAAUAGUUUCAGAAAGUGUUACGAAAAUAUGAGUUCUACUAUCAGGAAGAGUUACAAAAGUAUUAUGGACAGGUUCAAGGUUAGUAAACAUAGUUGAGUCAGAGCAAACAUGACAGUCAUUGGUUCAAGCCAAUGAUUAUGUGCUUACAAAGUCAUGAUGAGUGUUGCUUGAGUCAUGACGUGUAUCAAACCGAAAGACCAACGUGAAAACUACAGUCCGAUUGUUCCUUUUUCCUCCAAACAGGAAAAAGGUAAUAUGACUUGGCGAUGUAUGGUGAUGCGUUACAACUUACAAAUGAAAACAACCUCACAUGCAUCUCACGCUAUCAUGACUUGGGAACUUGCUUAAUUACCCUUUGAAGUUUGCUUGCCAAAUUUAUCUUUUGUUUUUUCUCCUUUAUGUAAUUUAUGUAGAGAUCAAAAAAUCACUACUAGGCGCAAUUAAUGUUGAUAUUUUGAUUGUUCAAACGUCUCCAUUCGAUGUGGUUAGUAAUCAUCAUAGUAUCAACCAAAAAUGUUUAGCCAAUUGAUUUACGAUUUGUUAACUAAUUCAUAUUUAAAUUGCUUCAAGAACAAAUAAAGACAAAUAUGGUGAAACUCAAAUUCGCCACGUAUGAUAUUAAACGGACUAGUGUGUUGGUGAAGUCGGGCCCAUUAUCCCGGUAACUUCUCCUUUUUCACUUCGUGUCUUCUUGCAGUUUUCACUUUUCACCAUUUUACCGUUUCCUUUUUUCUAACAAUUUAAAAAUACAAAGAGGCGAAGCGAAGGUGCGUGAACUAUCGCUCUCUCUUGCUGGUGGAGGAAGGUGCGGUGCGGUGCUUCCACUAUACAACACAGAGUGGAAACUAAGAAGAAAGCCUUCAGAGAUCUGAGCCAGAUUCUACUCACAAAAUCUCUCCGUCACCAUCUCGCGACACUCCGGUGUACCGGAAUCUGAUUCUGGAACCGACAUUGCUUCCUUCCACGCCUGCAAGCAGAUUCCGAUUCUGCUUCGAGUAGAUUUCGCGACUUUUUGAGUUGAUUCAGGAUCCGUAUGAUAUGCACAUUGAUUGAAUAAUAAACAGUAGCAACAUUCUAUAAAUGAAGAGAUUCUAUGGAGGGCUUCUCGUUGCAUCAAUGUGUAUGUUCUUCACGGUGUACAGAUACAUCGACUUGAAGCCUCCCGUUGAGAAGCCUUACAUCACUGCCACUGUUCUCACUCCCAACACCACUCUCCCUCUCGAGUGGCUUCGAAUCACCGUCCCUGACUUCAUGAACGAAGCAAGAAACACUCAAGAAGCGUUGUCUGGAGAUGAGAUAGUCACUGUCUCGAGUCUGUUCGUUGAGCGGAACGUGUCUAAAGAAGAGAGAGAGCCUCUGCUUACGUGGAACCGUCUCCAAAGCUUGGUUGAUAACGCGCAGAGCUUAGCUAACGGAGUUGAUGCUAUUAAGGAAGCUGGCAUUGUUUGGGAGAGUCUUCUCUCAGCUGUUGAAGCCGAGAAGCUAGCUGAUGCUAACGUGAACCAAACGAGGAGAGGCAGAGAGGAGCUUUGUCCUCAGUUUCUUAGUAAAAUGAAUGCUACCGAAGAUGAUGGAAGUAGUCUCAAGUUGAAGAUCCCUUGCGGUCUGACUCAAGGCUCCUCCGUUACAGUCAUUGGCAUCCCUGAUGGUCUUGUUGGUAGCUUCCGGAUUGAUCUAACGGGACAACCGCUUCCAGGGGAGCCUGAUCCGCCCAUUAUUGUGCAUUACAAUGUCAGGCUCCUUGGAGACAAGUGGACUGAAGAUCCUGUCAUUGUCCAAAACAGCUGGACGGUGGCUCGUGACUGGGGCUUUGAGGAGCGGUGUCCGAAUUAUGAUCCUGAUUUGAAUAAGAAAGUUGAUGACUUGGAUCAAUGCGACAAGGUGGUGGGUAGAGAAGUCAACCGAACUUCUUCCACUAGCUUGCAGUCCAACACUACAAGAGCGGUUGCAGCAUCUAAACAUGAAAGAUACUUUCCUUUUAAGCAAGGUUUCUUAUCGGUUGCUACACUUAGGGUGGGAACUGAAGGGAUGCAGAUGACAGUUGAUGGGAAACAUAUAACCUCAUUCGCUUUCCGUGAUACACUGGAGCCAUGGCUUGUUAGUGAAGUAAGGAUUACUGGUGAUUUGAAGUUACUAUCCAUUCUCGCCAGCGGUUUACCCACAUCAGAAGAAUCAGAGCAUGUUGUUGAUCUAGAGGCACUGAAGGCACCUCCCCUUUCACCAUUACGGCCAUUAGAUCUUGUUAUUGGCGUUUUCUCCACGGUUAACAAUUUUAAACGACGGAUGGCUGUGAGAAGAACUUGGAUGCAAUAUGAUGAUGUAAGAUCUGGAAGAGUUGCAGUACGCUUUUUUGUUGGCCUUCACAAGAGUCCUAUUGUUAACUUGGAACUAUGGAACGAGGCUCGGACUUACGGUGACGUUCAGCUAAUGCCCUUUGUUGAUUACUACAGUCUCAUCAGCUGGAAAACACUAGCAAUCUGCAUCUUCGGGACAGAGGUUGACUCAGCUAAGUUUGUUAUGAAAACGGAUGAUGAUGCCUUUGUCCGUGUUGAUGAAGUAUUACUUUCUUUGUCAUUGAUCAACAACACUCGCGGGUUAAUAUAUGGACUGAUCAAUUCUGACUCUCAACCAAUCCGAAACCCUGCUAGCAAAUGGUACAUCAGUUAUGAGGAAUGGCCAGAAGAGAAAUAUCCACCAUGGGCGCAUGGUCCAGGCUACAUUGUGUCCCGGGACAUAGCAGAAUCGGUGAGCAAGCUUUUCAAAGAAGGAAAUCUAAAGAUGUUCAAGCUAGAAGACGUGGCGAUGGGUAUAUGGAUUGCUGACUUAAGGAAACAUGGACUGGAGCCUCAUUACGAGAAUGAUGGAAGGAUCAUUAGUGAGGGAUGCAAAGACGGUUAUGUGGUUGCUCAUUACCAAAGCCCUGCUGAAAUGACUUGCCUCUGGCGUAAAUACCAAGAAACCAAACGGUCUCUUUGCUGCCGCGGUUGGUAAAACGAACAUUAUUCACGUCUGCGUUCACAGGUACAGAAAGAGAAUGUGGUUUUGUUAGUUAAUUCUUUGUUGUAAAACAUCUGAUUUGGUUUGUUAGUACAAAGUAGAUUAGAAGAUAUGUAGUUUAGUUUUAGUUGUAUAUCUAAAUUUUCUUUUGAUCUCUUUUAUUCGACGGGUGGUGUAGAGUCAUAGGAGAAGCAUAUUAUACUUGUAUAUUUUCACAACAUCUCGAAAUAAUCAAUGGUUAUUGCUUAGUA